AUGAAUCCGGAGCUGAGAGCCCUGAGUCUGGAGCCCGAAGGUGGUGACUGGGCAGGAAGCAUUGCCUUAGCAUCGGCGUCCCUGCGGGUGGCAGUAGUGUGCACCAGCAACCUAAAUCGGAGCAUGGAAGCCCACCAUCUCCUCAAGAGGAAGGGAUUCGUUGUCCGGUCCUUUGGAACAGAGAGUUUUGUGAAGCUUCCAGGAUCAACAGCUGACCAGUCCAGUAUUUAUGAUUUCAACACCACGUAUGAUGAAAUCCACAAAGAUCUUGUUCAGAAAGAUGAAGAGUUCUAUGCCAAUAGUGGCAUUUUGUGCAUGUUGGAGAGAAAUAUGGAGAUCAAGCCAAGGCCUGAAAGGUUCCAGAACUGCAGAGAUGUAUUCGACCUGAUCCUCACCUGUGAGGAGAAGGUGUACGACCAGGUGGUGGAAGAGCUGAAUUCCAGAGAGCAGGUGACCUUACACCUAGUGCAUGUGAUCAAUGUGAACAUCCAGGACAGCUUCGAAGAGGCCAGCCUGGGGGCGUUCCUGUUCUCCGAGCUCUGCCAGUGCAUUCAGCUCUUGGAUGACGUGGACAACAAGAUCGAGGAAGUGCUACUGGAGUUUGAGGAGAUGAGCAGCCAGACCUUCCUGCACACUGCCUGCUUCUACUGA